AUGGCGGCGGCGGCGGCGCACAGCGUGCGGGUGCUGCGGGAGCUGAACCGGCAGCGCGCGGCCGGGCAGUUCUGCGACGCGACGCUCGGCGUGGGCGGCCGCGAGUUCCGCGCGCACUGGCCGGUGCUCGCCAGCUGCUCCCGCUUCUUCCGCGCGCGCGGCCCCGGCGGGCCCGUGGCGCUGCCCGACGGCCUCGCCGACACCUUCCAGCUGCUGCUCGACUUCUUCUACACCGGGCGCCUGGCGCUCACGGCGCACAACCGCGCCCGCCUGCUGGCGGCCGCCGAGCAGCUCGGCGUGCCCGACGCCGUGGCGCUGUGCCGCGCCUUCCGCCCGCGGCCCCGCCGCGCCGCCGCCGCCCGCCCGGAGCCCGCGGCGGCCCCGCAGCCCGGCGGGCAGGCGGUGCGUGAGGGGGGCGGGAGGGGGGCGGCGGGGCCGGGGCCCGGCGGCGGGGGCGGCGCGGUGACGCCGCUUCCCUCGCAGGGCUCCCCCCCGGCCCCGGCGGAGGCGGCGGGCGGCGGCGGGCGGGGGGACGGCGACGCCGAGCAAUUCUCCGAGAAAAAGGCGCUGCGGAGCAAAAAAAGCCCCCCCGCCCCGGGAAAGGCGCCGGGAAGCAGAAAAGGUACAGCGGUGCCGGUAGAGUGCCCCACAUGUCAUAAAACCUUCCUCAGCAAAUAUUACCUUAAAGUGCACAACAGGAAACAUACUGGAGAGAAGCCAUUUGAGUGUUCCAAGUGUGGCAAAUGUUACUUUAGAAAAGAGAAUCUCAUGGAACAUGAAGCCAGGAACUGCAUGAACCGAUCAGAACAGGUGUUCACGUGCUCAGCGUGCCCGGAGGUGUUCAAGCGACGGAUGGAGCUGCGGCUGCACAUGGUGUCACACACUGGGGAAAUGCCAUACAAGUGCUCCUCGUGCUCGCAGCAGUUCAUGCAGAAGAAGGAUCUUCAGAGCCACAUGAUAAAGCUGCAUGGCGCACCCAAGCCCCACGCGUGCUCAACCUGCUCCAAGUGCUUUCUGUCCCGGACAGAGCUGCGCCUGCAUGAGGCCUUCAAGCACCGUGGAGAGAAGCUGUUUGUGUGUGAGGAGUGUGGGCACAGGGCCUCGAGCCGCAAUGGCCUGCAGAUGCACAUCAAGGCCAAGCACAGAAACGAGCGGCCCUAUGUGUGUGAGUUCUGCCACCACGCCUUCACACAAAAAGCCAACCUCAACAUGCACCUGCGCACACACACUGGCGAGAAGCCCUUCCAGUGCCACCUUUGCGGCAAGACCUUCCGGACACAAGCGAGCCUGGACAAGCACAACCGGACGCACACCGGCGAGCGGCCAUUCAGCUGUGAGUUUUGUGAGCAGCGUUUCACGGAGAAGGGGCCGCUGCUGAGACACAUCGCCAGCCGGCACCAGGAGGGGCGGCCCCACUUCUGCCACAUCUGCGGGAAGACGUUCAAAGCAGUGGAACAGCUGCGCGUCCAUAUCCGCCGGCACAAGGGCGUGAGGAAGUUUGAGUGCACUGAGUGUGGCUACAAGUUCACGCGGCAGGCUCACUUGAGGCGCCACAUGGAGAUCCAUGACCGCGUGGAGAACUACAACCCACGGCAGCGGAAGCUGAGGAACUUGAUCAUUGAGGACGAGAAGGAUGUGAUGGUGGUGCUGCAGCCGCCACCAGAGCUGGAGGUGGGCUCGGCCGAGGUGAUUGUGGAGUCACUGGCCCACAGGCCACUGCCCGAGGAGGUUCCUGCGCAGAGACUGUGCUCAGACGAGAACUUCUCCACGGCGGACGUGAUUGAGCAAUCUCUGAUUAUAACAACAACGAUUCCUGAAGACUGUGAGACGUAGUGCAGCCACCCUUCCACUGAAACACAGUAAAGUCUUGGGCUGAGCCAAUCUCUGCCA